CUAGGCCAUGGCCGGGGAGGAGAUGGUGGGUCGUCUGCGGGCGGGUGUUCAGCUGGCGUCGAUGGCUUUUUAAACACAGGAUCGGACGGGCGAAGGAAGGCCGGAGCAGCCUCUCUGUCUUACCGAGCCACGGAAAUUAUCUUUUGCAGGGCAAUUUGGAAGGAAUGGAGAACAAGACAAACUCAAUAGCUUUCUAAACAAUGACACAGUACUCGGACAUUAGUACUCGGACACUGAAAGGAUGAUGCAUCUCUAGCACUUUACAAGCCUCUAGUACAGAAUACUACUUCUAUGGAAGAAUCUUCAUUGAACUUGCCCACUGGGAUGAGGACUGCGGAAAUGUAUCCGUUUGGGAGAGAGGAAGAGGAUUCAUUCGAGAGAUUGUUUAUGUUCUUCAGGGAGCACUUGCGGCAGGGACACUGGGCCUUAGCACAAGCUUGUAUGCCCCAGUUAAGGCAGUGGAAAGGAGGUGGUGCCGAAGAAGUGAAGGAAAUCAUUCAGGCAAUUGUUGCCUGUCCGUACAAGUUGUUAUGGGAAUCGGUUUCUAGUCCUCAUCGACUUGCCUGGUUGUGGCUGCUGGAGCUAGAAUUGUGGUGGUCACAUGAUCAGAUAUCACUACCACCACAUGUUAGGAGUGAGAUUGAAUUUUUUUUGCUCCUGGAACUGCUACAACCACAGGUCUCACAAGAUGUAAUAAAGGAGCUACAUGAUAUCUUUUUAAACUGUCAUAACCCCGAUCUGGUGACUGAUCUGAAGAAGAUGGACUACAGCACACACAAACUAAGUUCUGAAGCAUUUUCCUCUUUAUUUAACCUUUUAUCCAGGAGCCCUCAACUUGUGCAGGCUGUGGUUAGUUUCCUGCUGGUAGAAAACAGCAACAGUUCUGCUGUGGAAUACAAUCACACAUUACAGAAACUAUUUGUUGACUUUCUGCAUUACGCCCUCUGUUCCUUGAAGAAAGCACGACAGGGAGAAGCCAAGAAUGGAUCUGACAUGGACAUGCAUGAGCGGACCACAAACCAAAUUUAUUCUAUAAUUUCUGUGCUUACUUUUGAUGUGGAAAGGCGGACCUUUGAAAUUCGACAGUUGUGUGAGGAACUCUACAAUGCUUGUUGCGCAACAGAAUAUGGACUGAAUGAGGAUCGCCUACUUGGCUGCAUGCUGGGAAAACAGAACCAGAGUCUGAUAAGCUUAUAUAGUGCUGUAUCCAUAGAGAAAAGUAAAGAGAAGUUAGUUGCACACAUCUCACCUGAAAGAGUUUCUUUUGAACUAUCAGAAGCUGAAAGGGUUACGCUAGCACUGUUUACAGACUCAGAGGAACAUUCUGUCUGGAAGGAACUGUACUUCUACAGCACAAGUAAUAGUAAACACUUUCUGGAACAAAUUCUGGUUACUGCCCUGCAGUGCAUAAAGCGGGAGGAUUACAGCACUUUAAGUAGGGUGCUGAAGAAGACCUUUAAGCCUUUUACACGACUCUUGGUGUUGCUGGGAUGGACUUACUGCCAAAGUUUGGAAUCAGCUCAGACUCUUCUGUAUACUCUUCAUGAGAACAAGGAUUUAUGUUGCGAUGCUGUACUGCACAACUUCUGUACCGGACUCUCUUCUCAUAUUGAGGUACUUGAGUGGUGUUUAAAACAAAACAGAAACAGCAUUCCUGAGAAGAAUUUUAUUCGGCACUUGUACAGUUUGGAUUGCCAUUCUGCUUUGUAUAGUCUCCAUCACUUUACAAACCUACCUGCACUGAAAGCGGAAGAUAUCAUUGAUCUACUCCAGAAACAGUCUGCUAAUGAUAAAGGUGCAAGAUGUCUGAGCAUGACGCAGAGGCGAAAUGUGACAUUGUAUCAAGCAUUGUGUGCUAUUAAAUAUGCCAUAUAUGCACUCUGCAUAAAUGCACACCAGCCAUCUUCGUGUAAAGAUUGUCCGUAUUUGGCACUGGAUGCAGCUGUUAAAGAUGUUGCAGCUGAAAAUGAUCAAUCACGUAGUCAAGAUUGUUCUGCAGUUUUCAAGUUUUAUUUAUCCAGAUGCCAGGAGUUUCUGCAUGUGAUUCCUGCUCCUUUCCGAUUGGAGGUGUUGGAAAAUAUCUUUUCUUUAUUGUUCUUAUCUUAUAAUGACCUCAAUGGUGAUAAAGCGGGAUUAGAAGGCCAAUUUUGCCUUGAAGAAGAAGGAGACACAGAACAAAUACAAGCAUUAAAGGGAUUUGGCUGCACUGACGGACACUUGGAAUCCACUGUAGGGUCUGUGGAUUAUAAUGUCCCACAUCGUGAACAUACAAAUACUGGUUUGGAAGAGAAUGCCACACUGAAGAGCUCUGGAGUGCUCCAUGAUGACUGCAUGCACAAGUUGAAGAAAAUAGACUUCAUGUCUAAGUUUGCAGAAAAUGAUUCCACAACCAAGGAGCUGGAUUAUUUAGAUCUGAAACACUUUAUGAUGAGCGCAAGCCGUGGUAAUGACUUUUUGGUAAAUCCAGUGACAAUGAACAUAUUUCUGGAGUUGAUAAAAGGUCAUCUGGAGGCAAUGAAAUGCCAUGUUCCUUGGACGUCUGGCAAUGUGUCUGAAGAGGAUGUCCUGCUAGUGGAGUGCCUGAAUUGUUCAAUUGGUGCAGAUUCCUUUGGAAGCCGGUUAGCACAACUUUCCAGGUAUAUCUGUGAAGCCCAGUGGAGAUACAAAGUAGUAACAAGCAAUAAUACAGCUGAAGGAGUCUUGCUGUCCUUUACAAGAAAACCUCCAUCUCUGUCAAAGCACUCUACGCUGAAAAGGAGAAACAAAGCUCAAAGGAAUAGGAAUGAACAGAGUUCCAGUUCUCAGUUGACAGUAGAAAGUGUGAGUGGUGAUUUAAGUACCAGCACCUCAGAUGGAGGUGUUGUAAAUUUGACAGCAACAAAUGAACAGGGACUUAAGGCUCAAGUUCCCAGACGUAAUCUUCUACUUCCUAUGAUGCUGGCUCCACCAGAGUCCCUUCUCAUUUCUUGUAUCCUGAGAGGAAACUUUGCCCAAGCACAUCAGGUUGCUUUGAUGUUUGAAAUGCAGUCUUCUUACUGCUAUAGUGAACUGAUCUUUAUGGAACGAUACCAGGAGGUAAUCAAUGAACUUGUGAAAGUAGAACAGAAAAUGGAGAACCAAGGCAUGGACAAUGCUAAUCGCAAACUAAGUGUUGGGCGGUUCACACUUCAAGCAAUUGGUGAUGCUGCAGCAGCAGGUAUGGUGUUUUAUUCCAUUUCUGAUGUUAUUGAGAAGCUGAUUAAUUCACCUGAGGUCGCCAACUCGGCAUUGUCGGAGAGCUUCUGGAAGAGUAACGUUCAAAUUGAGCCAACCAAUCCCCUCCAUGAUAUCCUGGAGUACCUCAGUGCUCCUGCAAUGGCUGUCUUUGAUCUUGCUUGUACCCAGUGCCAAUUGUGGAAAACCUGUAAACAAUUGCUGGAGACUGCAGAAAGGAGACUAAUGGCAGUCUUUGAGGCAAAAGGUAGAAAACCUGAUUCUGCUGCCCAUCAGCCUGAUGGAAUCCAAGGUUUUCCUUCUGUCCUUCAACAAAUGAGCAAAAUCCUGAACUUUUCACACAGUUCACAUGGAUCAACAAAAAUCAAGCCUUCUGAGGACAGAGUUACCAGGCAUCUCAGCUGCAGCUUGACAGAUCUUCUACUAGCUUGUUACCCUGAACUUUCUGAGGAAUGUGUCACUACACAACUCAACCUAUCAGAGUCCUUGGAGCAGAUCACACAGAAACUUCAGACAGCAAUAAAGUCCACUGAGGCAAAAACAAACAUUCUCAGUUGGCUAGAACAAACAAGUUCUCGAUCUCAAGAUUCAGAAGGACAUACAAUUCGUUCCCAGAUGAAGCAGUUACUGAAGAAUCUGGAUCGACAGAUAGAAGCUGUGAUGGAUAAUCAAAUUAGACCAGACUAUGUGAGAAGCCUGUUUGACUACAUCAACACCCUUGCAGCAGUGCUUGUUCGAAGUAUGAACCGAGAUACUGAUCAAUUUGCAGAUAUAAAAGUAGGAAAUCCUUUCAUAGUUCUGCAGCAGACUCCAUCGCAACUCUUUGCACAACUGCUUUUUGAGAAGCCAACUUCACCUGACCGGCUGUUCAUGUUACUGCACAAGGAAGAACUGAAUCUGAAUGUACAAGAGAUCAUUGUUAGUUGCUGCUGUGAACGUCUUCCACUGUGGAACACCAGGAAACUCAGCCACUGUCCAUUUUUUCUCAAUGAAGUAACUAAACUGAUAGAAGAAAACACAAAAGGUUGUCUUCCUGAUUUGGGAUUCACCCUCCCAAGUUCAUUACACCUGGCAGAAGAAAUAGUUGAAAGUGAAUUAUCAGAAUCUUCCUUGGGACCAUAUUCUCUCAUUCCUUCUGCUUUGAAUUUCCUCAAGUCUCGUUCAAAGUUACUAGCAGUCCUUGUUUGUUUAACUGCUACCCGGGGUCACAGGGCACUUAAACACAAUCUGUCAUGGAAGGAACGUUUGAGUAGUCGCACGGAGGCACCCCUUGACAUGGAACAGAUCUGCAAGGAGUGCGAGGAGUUAAUGAAAGAAUUUCCAAUCCUUGAGCAUUUUCUUUCUGUAAUGGCUGAGCCUUUUCCAAGAACCCAAGAAGAAACUGCCAGUCUUGUGGACUCUCUGUAUGGUAAUCCAUGUACUACGCUUUUGCUGUCAGGCCUUCACUCUGAGAUGGCUGUGAACACAGUAAUAGAAGUGCUCAGGCAGUUCCUGUCUGAUCGACACUGGCUCAGGGCCUUGAAGAUUCUUGAACUGUAUGGUGAUGAGAAUGAAGAGUUUGAGAAACUGAAAGAUGUUCUGCUCGGUUGUGCUGUCAUGGAAGAGAAAGAAGGUUGGGAAUAUCUGAUCCGUAUAAGAAACGCGACCCUACGAGCUAAGCUGGUUCUCCACUGCAUAGAGAAGUGGCCUCUUGAUGCGUGUCUUGAGGUUCUGUUCUAUUGUCUGAGUGAUCCCAAUACAAACAAAAGGGAAUUGAAGUCUGAUCUGCUUGCAAAGAAAAAGGAGCUCCAGGUUUAUCAGAAGAUCCUUAAUCUUGAGCCUCCUAUUCCUUGGCAUGGUUGGCAAGAACUACGGACUGAAUCCAAUGAGAACCCACAGACUGUGAUGGAUAUCAUUUUGAAGUCCAGGGAGUUUGAGCUUUGUGAAUCUUGGGUUCGGCUGCACCCUGUUCCAAUGAACUUCACAGUGAAGCUCCAGCAUGAAUAUCUCCUUCACCUUCUCGAGCUUGGAGAAGGGGAGAAAGCAUUCCAGCUUCUGCGGGGAAUCUGUGAUCCUGACAUGUGCCAAGUUAUAUGUGAACAAGCUCUGGAUCAGCAUCCAGGACUAGCUGCUUGCCACUUUCUUUCCAAUUAUCUUACCACUCACUUUCAUAAGAGUCUCUCUGCUGCACGGUGUCAUGAAAUCCAAGCCAUGCGCAUUGGAUCAAAGCUUUUACUAACAUUACCGGAGUCUGCACAUGAUGCCUAUUCACAUCUGUCCUCAAACCCAUUGUUGAUGCUGGAGCAACUACUCAUGAAUAUGAAGGUGGAUUGGGCUUCAGUAGCUGUGCAGACCCUUCAUCAACUACUUAUGGGGCAAGAAGCGGGUUUUGCCAUUGAAGACAUUGAUUGUCUUCUUUCCAAAUAUGCAGCCAAAGCUCUUGAGGUUCCAUAUGCAGUACGAGAGAAAACACGAUCAGAUUCUGUAAUUAAUCUGCAAGAUUUGCUCACUCAGAGUGCAGGACCACAGAGCAUCGCCAUAUUGCCAAAUAUUGAGCAAACAACUAGUUUGCCUUCUGUUAAUCCCCCUCUUCACGGACCAUCGACCGCUCAAGGAUCUAUUCGAAGGUCUAAAUCAAUCACUGAAUUUGUUCCUCCGGAUAGCCCACCUGCUAAGAAAGACUGGGUACCUGACAGCAAGGCAAUGUUUUGCUUGGUCUGUUGUAAAGAAAGGUUUACCAUGUUCAAUCGUCGACAUCAUUGCAGGCGCUGUGGUCGUGUUGUUUGCCAGUCUUGUUCAACCAACAAAAUGGUGGUUAAGGACUGCAGGGAGAACCCAGUACGAGUUUGCGACCAGUGUUACAAUUAUUAUCAUACAAAAGAAAAAGAGCAACUAGAUGAAGGAGAAGAUGCCACAAGUUGUGCUGAAGCUGGCACGGAAUUUGCUGCAGCUUUACAGAUGCCAAGGGUGGCAGAAACACAUUGGAAUCUGACUCUGAAUGAGGAUGAGAAUGAAACUGAGCGCAGUGAAUUUUCCUAUGAGCAGGCACCCAGCGCUUCUUUGUGUAUUGCCAUACUGAAUUUACACAGUAAUAGUAUGGUGUGUGGCCAUCAACUGAUAGACCAUUGCAGCAAACUAUCACAAGCAUUAACAAACCCAGAAGUGGAUGCUUGCCUCUUAAUGGACAUCAUGAAGCAACUCCUUUUCAGUGCUAAAAUGAUGUUUGUGAAAGCAGGAAGGAGCCAGGACCUGGCACUUUGUGACAGUUAUAUCAGCAAGGUGGAUGUAGUGAAGAUUUUAGUUGCUGCUAACUACCAGGAUGUGCCUUCCCUUGAACAAAUCCUUAAACCAGCAGCCAUCACAAGAUUGAGAAAUAAGCUUUUAGAAACUGAAUACUAUGCACUGGCUGUUGAGGUUUCAACCAAGAGUGGCCUGGAUCCAGGUGGAGUCUGGCAGGCUUGGGGAUUAGCCUGCCUCAAAGUGGGGAACCUAUCUGGAGCUCGAGAGAAAUUCAGUCGCUGCUUAAAACCACCUUUUGACCGAAAUCAGCUAAAUCCUGGCUCCUCACUCCUGCAAGAAAUAGUCCAGCACCUGGAGACUUCAGUAAAACCUGUUUUUUCUACGCAGGGUGAUGAUAUCCUUGUUUCACUGAGAGAGCUGGAGGCUAUGCUGAAGGUUGAUGGUGUGGCUUCUGAAAUUAAAGGGGACGGAAAGAUCAAGCAACAAGUCUUUUAUGAGGAAUGCCUGUUCUACUUGCAAAGUUAUGGCACCAACCUGGCCCUUAUUAGUUUUUAUAUGAGACACAAUUGCACAAGAGAAGCACUGCAGCAUCUGCUGAAUAAAGAUUGCCCUGAAGAAGUAUUCAUCCAAGGGAUUUUUAUCCCAAGUUAUGCAACUGGAAGACUGCAUGCUUUGGAAAAUUUGAUGGAAGAACUGGAUCCAAGCCUGGAGAGAUGGAGUCACCACCUCAUUGCGUCCUGCAAGCAUCUGCAGAUGCGGGGUUUCUUCAACAUUCUGUAUGAUCUGCAGUGUUUCAUGAAGGACCAUAUGCGAGCAGCUAUGACUUGCAUCAGGUUUUUCAGCCACAAAGCAGAGUCAUAUAGUGCCUUGGGAGCUGAACAAAGCUGGCUGGUUGAAGCCAAAGGUCACCUAAAAACAUAUUUGCAGGAAGUAUCCAAUCGCAGCUCAUCCAGAAAAAAAAAUACCAGCUCUUUUCGCAAGAAAAUGUCUGCAGCGGAUGUCUCAAGGUACAUUAACACAAUUGAACUACAGAUUGAAGUAACAAAGUUCUUGCAUCGAUGUGAGAUCUCAGGGAAUUCAAGGAUCAGUGGACCCCCUGCCAAUCUCUUUGGGAAUAACAAAAUGAAGAUGGAGGUUGCAUGCAAGGUUCUGCUUGGAGGCAAAAAUAUUGAAGAAGGUUUUGGAAUUUCUUUCAGAGUUAUUCAGGACUUUCAGUUGGAUGCAGCUGCUGUAUAUGAUAAAGCUGCCAAACAUCUUUUGCAACAGCACAAGGUCUCUCAAAUCAGACAGCUGCUGAAAUGUGUUAGUGAAUCAGGAGUAGCUAGUGGUGAUGACACCGAUAAUCUCCUCAUCCGAUUUAUUGAAGGUGGUGAUGAGCAGCUUUCACAGUCAAAAGAGCUAGAGAAACUGAUUCUUGAAAUGAAGAAAGAUGAUAAUAAGAUUAAAGCCUUCUUGUUAAGUAAUAAAUACCGCUCAGCCUAUCUGGUUGCUGUGAAGCUUGACACGGUGCAGGCUGUGCACAGUGUACAGGAAGUGCUGGAGGCUGCUGAAAGAGCACAGGAGGAACUCAUACCGAAGAUCUGUAGGGACUGGCUGAAAUCACACCAGCCUAAGAUGCUAACACAAAAAACCCACGGCAACUAGUAUAUGAGUGAGGCUGCACAGGAUCUUAAUUGCUACCUCAAGAAAAUUUGCCAUGAAAUAAUAUUAGAUUCAUUGAAAAAGGAAGGGAAUGAUGCCCUGAAGUGACUUGGACAAUCAUGGAAAUAACAGUGUCACUUUGUUACAUUUCAUAAUGCAAUAUUUGUGCUUUUUUUUUGCUUGAACAUCAAAAGGUUACCGUUGCACUCGGGACUGUUACGCAGUUUCUUCUCCACACCUAUUCCAGGUCAGAUUUUGACAUGUUUCAAGUCACUACAAAUUAGCUCCCUUCAAAAUAGCAGUUGGCUGCGACCAGGUGAUUGAUAUAUAAACCUGUAAUAACUGGUUCAGUGUUGGCAACACUUCAAAUAAGUGCAUUGUAAUAUUGAGUUGUGAGGUAUUAUUUAAUUCAAGUGUGAACUAUUCGGAUUACCACUUGGAUUCAUUUUGAACACAUUUUCAUGUUAUUUUCCUUCUGAGGGUUACAGUGAUAAAACCUCUCCUGGAUGUCUUCCUUCACCCUGUGGUACUGAUUUGAUCCAAUCAUGUCUGCAGAAAACCUAAACUUGCAUAGCCAAAAUUGGUAUGAGUAAUUUCCAAAGCAGUCUCCCUUGUAAUUUGCUUUUGAGAAAAGAUUGUGCCAUCAAAACAAAUCUGCUGUGUUCCCCUCUGACUAUGAACCCUACUCACCAGCCCGCCCCAUUCCUUCAAAACUGCCAAGCAAGGAUUUACAUAUUUCAGAAUAAGUUAUCCAUGUAUUUAACUAAUGUGUCCAAAAUGAUUAAUAUUCCUGCUGCCACCUUCAAGACUGCUCCAGCAAUGAGCAAGUUAAAGUAAUAUUCUUCUCCCUCUUUCCAUCAAUUUCUUUUCAUCCCCAUUUUAAGACUGGCUCUUUACAGUUCCAUGGGUGCCUGUAGCCCUCUGCAAUGUGACGUGAGUGUCAGAAGAGUAUUCUACUGUAGGCUUCUCACAGCCUGCACCUAACUUUUAUCCUUGUCUAAUAUAGGUACAUUGAAGAUCAGCCUUUGCAUGGUAUGCAGGCAAAUGUGUCAUACUCACUGCAACCCCAUGGUACUGAGAUUAAAUGUUGCUAGCCUCCUAAUUCAGCACAAAAUAUAGAGAAGAUUCUCUCAUUAGAUCAUUCUGGAGAAUAAGUUGUUCUCAACUUUAAACUGGAGUUAUUUUUGGAAGUAAUUUGGGAAUUAAGAAAAUUGUAUAGUAGUAUAGCUAUUAACUUCAUUGAUAUGUACUUCUGAAAUUGAAUAGAAAUAAUAAUUCCUUUGUAUUUUAAGUAAGCAGCUAAAAUACUAUGUACAUAGAGGGGCAAAAGAAUUUUAAUUACAAAUGUGUACAUAUUUCUCCAUUUCAAUAAGAGUAUAUUUUUAAGUACUAAGCUCAGUUUUCCUAUUGUAUUUUUAUUUUAGUACUUGUACCUCCUAAUCAGAUGUAACUGGGUAAAGAAUGAAACUGCAGCCAUUUGCAUGACAUGUUCAUGAAAUAAACUCAUUGUGAAAAGUA